ACGCGGUGAGGGCGAGAGGAGGUUCUCGCGAUUCAAGUCGUGGUUUUUGUUCUGAAAAAUCCGAAGGAGAGAUCGCGAGAGACGUUAUAUCUGCUGCAGUGUCGUGUUGCUUCGCGGGAAUCGCCUCGCUGAGAGUUAACGACAAGUUUGUGUAUUUUUAAGAGCAGUUUCGUGCGAAGCUGUUUAUCUGUGAGAGAGGAUAGGAUAUUUUUUGUUUGUUAGCUGAUACUUUUCAGGUAAAUCUGAAAAAUCGAGAUGAGUUCAGCCGAAGUAUUAAUGCCCAGAGAGUCUGGAAAAUUCAUAGCCGAGACAGCGAAGGACGUUUUUAUCGAAGCCAAAGGAGUUGAACAUCUCGCUCACGAGAUAGUGAAGAAUUUAAAAAGCGGCGCACUGAGUCCGAAAAAUUUCUCUCAACACGUCCACCACCCGACCACCAACGAUCUUAAGGCAGUAGACUGGCUUUUUGUAAUUGACACACUGAACUUUUGUUUCUGGACUGACUCAGAAGUGAACAAGCGCUGGAAAGUCGAGGGACAGAGUGGAUACUUUGCUCUGUGUGCAGCCGUCAAACGAGCCCUUGAUGCAGGAAUCCCGUUGACGGACGCGACGUUUCUGUCGAAAAUCACAGCGGACGAUGUGCGGAGUAUUUUGCGGGCCGACGCUGAUGCGGCGGAGGUUCCUCUUAUUGACGAACGAGUGAAGAAUCUGAACGAAGUUGGCCGAGUCCUGCUUGAGAAAUACAAUGGUACUUUUAUCGAGUGCCUAAAAGUUUGCGACAAGUCGGCCGAAAAUUUACUGAAGCUCGUCGUUACCGAAUUCGAGUGCUAUCGAGAUGAAGCCGAUUAUCGAAAUAAGCGAGUGUCCUUUUACAAGAGAGCUCAGAUCUUGGUUGGAGACAUAUGGGCCUGUUUCGAGGGAAAGGGCCACGGUGAAUUCCACGAUAUCGAGUACAUAACGAUGUUCGCCGACUACAGAGUACCGCAAGUACUCGUGCACUACGGGGCGAUGCGAUACAGCGAGGCAUUACUGGCCAAAUUGUCGACAGGUACGGAAGUCGCGCUAUUGCGUACAUCAGCGUCCUAUAAUACUAAACGCUCCAUUCCAGGCGAGCACUUGCAAGCCGGUUGCAUCGAGGAAACGGAAAUACGCGGCUGUUCGAUCGAAGCCGUCGAAAGAGUGGUGGAGCAGGUGAGGAAGCUGGUGAGGGCAGACGCGUCUCUGAACCUCAAGGAAGCCGACUGCAACUCGAUACUCGUCGAUCAUUUUCUCUGGGACUACAGGAGGAAGCACGUGGAGGAGUUGGAGCACAUACCCUUUCACAAAGUUAGGACAAUAUUUUAUUGAACCAUCUAUAUAAAAUACUGCGAAUUACAAUAUAAUUAUCUCAUAGGGGAGUUAAAAAAAUUUUUAUAUACAGAAAUUCAAUAAACACAUUGAAACUAA